GCACAUGGUGCGGCGUGGUUGCGGUGCGAUAUCGUUGCGUUCUCGUGUGCAAUGUGUGCAUCCUCCCGUUUGAUUGUGUGUAACCCAGGACCAAGCCCAGGACGCACUUGCGUGGACGCGCCGCCCGUGUGCAUCGGCUCUAAAGGGAUAUCCCUCCUUGUAUGUUUGGCCCUGUUUGGCCGUUUUCAUAAGGGUCUGCCCAAAACUGUUCCGGUAACCCUAAACAUUUCAGCUUGCCAUAUUUUUAACAGUGGGUAAGUGAAGCGCUCUUUCGGUCCGAUUUCUGUCAGUUUUCUUUCGUCCGCAGAAAAAAAACCUUCCUGGCGAUGCUCGCGAGUGUUUUUGUGAUUGUUUGAAAAGUUGUUGGAUUUGUGGUGAAGCGAUAUUAUUCAGCGUUGCUGACGCAAAACGGCCUACCGCCUGCCGCAGUAAAUCCGCCUAGAGACGACGAGCACUGUCCGCCGCCGCACCGCCUUCGGAAUGGGUCCCACCAAGAUGACACCGGAGGACCAGGCCUUCAACAUCACGUUCGUGGGCGAGGUGAAGAAGCAUCCGUGUUUGUUCGACAGCAACAGCACCGAGUACAAGCAGGCCCAAGUCCAGGACAAGGCAUGGAGCGCCCUUUCAGCCAAUGUAGGAGAAAGCGUUGAUAUGUGCAAGAAGCGCUGGCGGAACUUGCGGUGUUGCAUGACGCGGUACCUGAAGUCGGUGCGGGACAACAUCGACAAUUCGUCCAGCCUGCGGCGGAAGCCCUACUACCUGUACAAUCACAUGCAAUUCGUUAUUCCGUACUUGAAGAUGAAAGACGGCGAAACGGCGACCGCGUACGAAUCGGAAGAUUCGGUCUGGAUCAAGAAUCACAACUCGGCGGAAGACUUGAUGAAGUCGGAAUCGGAGAUUGUCGGUGGCGAGGAAGUGGCCGAAGAGGAGGAGGAAGAGGAAGAGCACGAAAUUGAGUCCAUAGAUGUGCAGGAUGAGGAUCAUCAGCAGAUUAAGCAGAGCAUUAUCCAGUCGAUCAAGAUCCUGCCGAUGAAUCAGGAGACCCAGGCGCAGGAGACGACCACCACGUACGAAAUCAUCGAAGCGACGCCCGCCAAACAGCCGCGCAUCGAAGCCAUUCAUCAGGUUACUCCGGCGUCCAGCGCGCAGCAAUCAACCCACAUAAUCAAAUCCAAGGACGGCAGUUACAAGAACUUCACCUACGCAACGGUAGCCCAAUCCCACCCGAGCGGUACCACCAUGUACACCUCGACGCCCACAAUUACGGGCCAGUAUACGCUGCAGCAGCAACAAGCACCCAGCUCUAGUAGCACCAGUACCUCAAACCUGCAGCGCCAGCAAAGUCAAUCCUCCCAACAGCAGCAGCAACAAGUCAACGUGACUGGGGCGACCGAUGCGGACAAUAAUUUCUUCAAGAGUCUCAUUCCGGACAUCCAGUCGAUGAACAUGCACCAAAAGCGCAAGCUCAAGAUCGGCAUUCUGCGGUUGAUCGACGAGAUCCUGAGUACCACGUAGAAAGGUCGCACCUAGAGGGGCGGCUGCUGGUGGUGCGUUUGCUAAUUGUGUAAUUAUCGUCGACAUGGCGUAGAGUUAGAUUUAUUUAAGCUUAUCUUGAGGUUAUACGUGCUCUGGAAGUAAAUUGCAGUUGGCGCCUAUUUCAUUUUAUUUUUCCUGCUGAUUAGUUCGGCUAAAAUUCUAGUAGAAUGUAGAAAAAUGGCAAUUUCUAACAUAAACUAUUUUUUUUCUGUAUGAAAAAAGAAACAUCUCGAUCGAUUUAUAUCAACGUGUACAAGUGUAGUUUUAAUUGAUGUAUGGUAAAUAAAGUAUUGAUCUUAA